AUGGCAAUCCAACAGGUGGGCAGCAGGGGGCGAGUGGCAGCUGAGAGAAGGAGAGGUCACUGUGAGGACAAGAAGCAGACAGUGUUGGCGUUGCUGGUCUUGGUGCUGUAUGUGGGCACAGGAAUAUCAGGAAGAAGUUGGGAGGUGUCAGAAAGGAUCAGAGAAUGUAACUACCCCCAGAAUCCUAUGGCUUCCCAGGUGUUUGAAGACCAGACCAAUGACCCCUCAGAAGAACCAAUCAAGGUCAUCAGGACCUGGUUGAAGGAGAAAUUGCAUGUUUUCUUGGAGAAGUUAGAUAAAGAGGUGCAAGAGCUGGAACAGAUGGUGCGGGACCUGGAGGAGUGGCUGGAUACCCUCCUGGGAGAGGGGUACCCGGAGGACCCCUGCUCCACCCUCAGAAAUCACUUGUGA